AUGUAUCAAGUUGAAGGAGCACGUGUGCUCGAGUCCGAGAUGUCGUUGAUAGCACAAGCGAAUAAGGUUGGGCGCGAGGGACAACAAUGGACCUUGGCCUCGGGAAGGGGGAGCGAGAUCGAAGCUGAGGAGAGUAGAGGGAAGGUAAGGAGACAGAAUGGGACCGGCGGACACAUGGGAGAGGGUCCAGAUUCCUUCGCGAGGCGCACUUCCGCCAGGUGUCAACUCGCCUUACCCUCUGCAGAGAACCACGGCGGAAGUCCCGAACCUUUGGGCCCAGUACUAGCUGCUCGGACCCUCAAAGGUGUGCGUUUCCAGAGCCUUCGCAAGGAUGGAACGGGGAGCAACGACGCGCACCAGUCCAGAGAUACAGGUCCAGAGCGCUCGCUUGGACUGUACCUGUAUCACUGCGUGUCAACCGCAAAAGCUGCGCUCUGGCUUUGCGGAAACUGCUUCUGCAGUGGCGGCGAGCCUUUCCGCCCUGGAAGCUUGGAUGCGUGCAGCGGAAAAAUUGGCUCGACGUGCAUAAACCACGCGCAGCCGAAGCUUGGCCCGCCAGGCUCAACCCCCUCCUCCCUUUCGCCGCUGAGAUGGGUAUCAACCCGAGUUGGCCGCAGAUUCGGCCGUCCCGCGGGCGCCUUCGCGGCAGCUUCACAGGCUGGUGCCCAACUUGGCGACAACCGAGUAUCGGAUCACUGCCAUCCAUGGUCAAAUCAUGCUCAACAUGCCGUCUUGAAUGACUUGGCGGGCUUGACCAAGUACAGUAGGCGCAACGCAGCACCGCAGCUCGGCGGCGUGCUCACGCGAUGUAUUGCGAGCAUUUGUAAUCCGCUAUUCCGACGGCCUUUUGAAGCCCUCCUGCUCAGCACGCUGCUCCUCCGAGAGCUGCCGACCGAUCACUUUGCGCUCCCAGCUUUGCACACAGACUCAAGCUCAAAAGUCAACGUUAGACUUGCAGGCGGACCUGUUGAAGCUGUGAUCUCAUACUGGGCAGCCAAGUUCACUCCGUAG